AUGGCCUCCGCAGUCUUCUUCCUCGACCUCAAGGGCAAGACCCUCCUAGCCCGGAACUACAGAGGCGACAUCCCCAUGUCCGCCGUCGAAAAGUUCCCCGUCCUCCUCUCCGAAGCCGAAGAAGAGAGCUCCGCCGUCCCACCCUGUUUCUCAGACGAGGGUAUAAAUUAUCUCUACAUCCGCCACAACAACCUCUACCUGCUCGCCCUCACCAAACGCAACACAAACGCCGCCGAAAUACUCCUCUUCCUUCACAAAAUCGUAGAGGUGUUCACGGAGUAUUUCAAAGAACUGGAGGAGGAAUCGAUACGAGAUAACUUCGUCAUCAUAUACGAGCUGCUGGAUGAGAUGAUGGACUUUGGGUAUCCGCAGACGACGGAGAGCAAGAUUUUACAGGAGUACAUAACACAAGAAUCCCACAAACUCGAAAUCCAAGCCCGUCCCCCCAUCGCAGUCACCAACGCCGUCUCCUGGCGCAGCGAGGGAAUUCGCUAUCGCAAAAACGAAGUUUUCCUCGACGUCAUCGAAUCCUUGAACCUUCUUGUCUCCUCCACCGGAAACGUCUUGCGCUCCGAGAUCCUUGGUGCUGUAAAACUGAAAUGCUACCUCUCCGGAAUGCCAGAACUACGGCUUGGUUUGAACGAUAAAGUCAUGUUUGAGACGACCGGGAGAGCGACAAGGGGGAAGGCGGUCGAAAUGGAGGAUGUCAAAUUUCAUCAGUGUGUGCGGCUUUCGAGAUUUGAGAAUGAUAGGACGAUUAGCUUUAUACCGCCGGACGGAGAAUUUGAGCUCAUGAGUUAUCGGUUGAAUACGCAGGUGAAGCCGUUAAUUUGGGUGGAGAGUGAUGUUAGGUCGCAUUCGGGGUCAAGGAUUGAGUUCACAUUGAAGGCGCGAGCGCAGUUCAAACGCCGCUCCACAGCCAACAACGUCGAGAUCCUUGUCCCUGUCCCUGAAGACGCCGACUCACCUCGCUUCCGCACAAACAUUGGCAGCGUCCAUUACGCCCCAGAAAAAAGUGCUAUAAUAUGGAAAAUCAAGCAAUUCGGUGGAGGAAAAGAGUUCCUCAUGCGCGCUGAGCUGGGUCUACCGUCAGUAAAAGGAGACGAUGAACACGGAGGUGGCAUGACGGGCGGGUUUGGGGGCAGCAUGGGAGGUGCUGGACAAGGUGGCAAGGGCAAGAGGCCGAUCAGUGUGAAAUUCGAGAUACCGUACUUCACAACGAGUGGGAUCCAGGUGCGAUAUCUGAAGAUCAUAGAGCCGAAGUUGCAAUAUCCUUCGCUUCCAUGGGUCCGAUACAUAACGCAGUCUGGGGAUAUAGCGGUUAGGUUGCCGGAUGUCCAAUGA